UUACAGUUCUUAUGAAUUUCCUAAAAUCAUACCGACUAGCAUUCGUAGCAUGCCGUGGAUCUCAGAGGCUGGGUUUAACGUCACCUCCUCCCACAUACCUGGCUCAUUUUUGUUCAUACGUAAGCGGAUGGCGGUUUCUUGCAGACGCCUCCGUCCCUCCGUGUAGUGUGGUUGUGUGGUUUAUCACCGCGUUUGUCGUGCAAGUUCUCGAAGGUUUGUGCUAACGUAUCCGCUCGACUUUGUGCUAAAGCUACCGCCGUCCCAAUGUCCAACGCACUACGCGUCGUCAACUUGCUCCAACAAGUGUCGCGGGCAUCAUGCCGGUGUCCAGCUCACGCUGCAGUUUCAUCCGUUCAAGGUGUUAGAGACAGCCACCAUGACCACCAAGUGGACCUCCCUAAGACUGACUAUGCAUUCGAGAUGGCCUGCUCAAACAUCCGCUAUGGACCCGGGGUGACCCGCGAAGUUGGAAUGGACAUGAACAAUUUGGGCGCGAAAAACGUCUGCGUCAUGACAGAUCCGAACCUGGUGAACUUGCCACCUGUUAAGGACACACUGGACUCUCUGCACCGGCACAAUGUCAACUACAGCUUGUUCAGCGAAGUCUGCAUUGAGCCCACUGACGAGAGCUUCCAAAAGGCCAUAGGGUUUGCCCGUGCAUCGGAGUACGACGCCUUCCUGGCCGUGGGUGGUGGCUCUACCAUCGACACGUGCAAAGCCGCCAACCUCUACUCGUGCAACCUUGACAAGGACUUCCUGGACUUCGUCAACGCCCCUAUUGGCCGUGGUGUUCCCAUACCUUCGAACCUGAAGCCCCUGGUGGCAGUGCCCACCACGGCUGGCACGGGCAGUGAGACAACAGGCGUGGCCAUCUUUGACUACCUGCCACUGCGUGCCAAGACUGGCAUCGCGCACCGUGCCCUCAAGCCAACACUUGGCAUUGUUGACCCUCUGCACGCUCUCCACAUGCCAGAGAGAGUGACCGCCUACAGUGGAUUCGACGUGCUCUGCCACGCACUUGAGUCGUACACAGCCAUUCCUUUUAACAAGCGCACGCCCUGCCCGCCCAAUCCCAUCCAGAGACCUGCCUACCAAGGCAGCAACCCCAUCAGCGACGUUUGGUCCCUCUAUGCACUACGCAUCAUCAACAAGUACUUUAAAAGAGCUGUGUUUGACAAGGGGGAUGUCGAGGCCCGUUCCCACAUGCACCUGGCCAGCGUCUACGCGGGCAUUGGCUUUGGCAAUGCCGGGGUCCAUCUCUGCCACGGGAUGUCUUACCCCAUCGCUGGCCAAGUGAAGAACUACAAGGCGGCUGAUUACGUCACGGAUCACCCCAUCAUUCCCCACGGCCUCUCUGUGGUGAUGACGUCACCAGCCGUGUUCGAGUUCACCGCCAUCAUGUGUCCCGAGCGCCACAUUGAGGCAGUGAAGGCCCUUGGGGGUGAUGUGACCAAUCUGAAGGAAGCGGACGCCGGCCGGGCCUUGGCCGACGUGCUACGCAAGUACAUGCAGGACAUGAAGGUGGACAACGGACUCGCUGCCCUGGGCUACAGCAGCGACGACAUCCCCGCCCUCGUGAGAGGCACCCUGCCUCAGGAACGAGUGACCCGCCUGUCGCCACGCACCCACACCGAAGAUGAUCUUACGCAGCUGUUCGAGGACUCCAUGACUGUGUAUUGAAUGCCGACACGGUUCGGGGAGCGAGGAUUGGCCUAGAGGAUCGACCAAGACUCUUGUAAUGGAGCUGCCAUAUUUCAGCAAUACUGAGCUCACUAGGUGGGACCGAACACCCAUCAACUUCAUCACCUCUUCGGCACCGGCACUCAUUAGCAGCGCAUACUGGCAGAGCACACUGGCUACCCGAGCCACCCAAGCAAAGCCUAAGCUUCUACACGUGUACAAGGCUGCCAUUGAAGACCCUUUCAUCAGAAACAAAGGAACAGACAGGUUGCGCUCGUUAUUCGGCACCUUCAGCUUCACCAGCGCAUGUAGCGCUGUUCCAAAUUAGACCCAUCUUUCAUUGCGGUCGGUGAGUUAUACAGUCGAACCUCGUUCAUACGUUUUUAAAAAAACGUGAGAGAACACAUACUAACCAGGAAAAUAUACGUUCUGAAGUGACUAAAAAUAUUUGACAGACUCACUUAUUCUUGACAUCUACGUAACGCAAAGCAUCGCGCGGAUCGUUGCGGCACGAGACGCCGACGCAUGUCGAGCUGGUACUGCCCUGGUGGCCUGAGGCGUGUUUUGUUGUUUUCCUAUUGCGUGGUGUUCUAAGAGGGCUACCGGAAACCGAAAUGAAAUAGAGCUGGUGGGCGGCGCCAGAUGCUGCCAAAGCAAAAUGUGAUGCCAACAUAGCACCACCUGUAGCAGGAAAGGGCGGCGUGUUUGGAUUGUCGCCUGCUGAAAGAGUGCAGUAUGCUGCCAAUGGCACUGUGCACCAUGCACUGUAAUACGGAUAGGUGAAGAUGCUUAUCGCAAUAGGUUUGGCGGCGAUAGCUGUGAAUGCGGCGUGCAACGAUCCGGGCAGAGAUUUGCUGGUACCAGAAUAAGCAACUGCGUGCACCGUCAUUUUCACGUGGGAUGGGUGGCUAUAUACUGUUCUCGAUCAUGCCUUUUCUUGUUCACAUGGAAUCUAGCGGCCGGAAAACGUAUAUGAUCGCAGUCUUCAGCAGGGAAUGGCGGCACGUUUCUAUUAGUAUUGCUUAUUAAAAGCAUGCACUGUGCUUCUCAUGGCACCACACACUGUGAAACAGAUAGGCGAAGAUGCUUAUCGCAGUAGGAUCGGCAGUGGUAGCUGUGAAUGCUGUGUGCGACGACCCCGGAGGUUUGCUGGUACCGAAAUGAGAAACUGAGUGCAUGUCAGCUUUCUCACGUGAGACAAGCGGGUGAGUAUUGCGGUGAAGCUGCCUCAGCAGCCAGCUAUACACUGUUCCCGGUCACGCAUUUUCUUGUUCACGUGGGAUCUAGCGGCCAGGAAACAUAUCAUACUAUCGCACUUGGGCGACAUACUGAACAUUGGUGGCAAGAAAUCAUGUUUUCCAGGAACGUAUUAACCGGUAAAAAAUGAGCGUAACUCUAUUGCGUCAUUUUUGGUGUUCUUGAUUCCAAACGUAGACGCCGCGAAAACGUACAUAACGGGAACGUAUCAAUGAGGUUCCACUGUACAUGGAACCGGACAACAUGCACAAAUGUUCGC